AUGAUGAAGAUUCCCGUCGCGACAUGCGAUACCCAGCGCCGGAAUCCAACAAGAUACAAUUCACGAUACGACGGCGAUCGCCGGUCUCGAUCACCUGGCGAGCGUUCGGAGCGCUACGAGCGAGGUUCCCAGUACAGCGAUGGUGAUAGGAGGCGAUCAUCAGCCGAGACGCGCUCUGCUUCAGCUUUCCAGAACAACCGCGAGCCGUUCCGGGAUAACAUAGCCCGCGAACCACCUCGCGGCCCGAAAGCCCUGCUUGACCCACCAGCUGGUCCUCGAGGUGGUGGACACGCUGGCGACUUCGUCGGUAGGGGACGAGGUCGAGGACGCGGCCGAGGAUGGGGCCGUGACGGCAGCAGAGACCGAGGUCGUGAUCGCGACGGAGACUUUAGAGACCGCGGAUGGGAUCGCGACGAGUUCCGUGACCGCAGAGACAACAACUACCGAGACGACCGGAGUCGAGAGAGAGAGCGAGAUCGCGAUUGGCGCGACGGCCGAGAAAACUUUCGCGCAAGGAGACCCUCGCCAGGCAGAGGCCGAUCGCCGCCCCCGCCACUACGCGAGUUCCGAGACCGCGAGCCUGGUCUUGUGGUAGAACCAGAACGCUCCAGACGUGGAUCAAGGGAUGGAGGACCUCCUUCGGCUGGCUCCUCCAAUUCCGACCAAGCAUUCGGCUUUGGAGGGCCUUUCCCCCGUGGUGGAGGCUUCCGAGGGCGCGAUCGAGGACGAGGCUGGGAUCGCGGAAGAGGUGGCAGAGGAGGAGGAGGAGGAGGAGGCGGCGGCUAUUACGAUGAGCGCGAUAGGUUUGGGCCUCGCAGUCGCUCUCAGGAAGGGCGCUGGGGUCGCGAACGAGACGAACGCGACCGCGUCGAACGCAACGACCGAUGGGCCGAUCCUGAUGCCCGCCGAGACCCCCGAGACGAGCGAGAGCCUCCCCACAACGGCAGCACAGAGCAGAGCGACUACGAACGACGUCCUCGAAGCAGUGACGCAAAGGCAGACCAGGUGACAAGCUCGCCUGACUCCCAAGCACGUUCCUAUCAAGGUCCCGAACCAGGCGAAAUUGUAACGACGAAAUCGGAACGCGAUCACAGAUCCCCCAGAGCCUCCAUGGAAAGGAACUUGAGAUACGGUGAUGACUAUAGAGAUGCUGCUCCAUUUGUGUCAAACGCUCAGAGGCUGGGCGAUGCGAAGCCUGCAAUGAAGCACCGUGAGCCAGCGGUACCCUCUCAUGCCCCGGAGGUUGGGCUAGCGUCGACAAAGGGGCCAACACCACCUCCGCCCACGCCCCCCCGCAAGGAAACUAAGCUCCGCAUCCCAGUUGUGCACUUUGCACUGCCGCCACGGGAGGCGCAGGCAACAUCGUCAGACGAACCGUCAGAGUCGGAUGACGAUGAAGAUUUUGGAGAGUACUUUGCAACGGAAAUUGCCAAAGAAGAGGCUGAAUUACGACGCCUAGAAGGACUUGCAGACGAUGUACCAGACCACAUUGUUGCUCGCUAUGCCAGAGCCUCCCACGAAGCGAUGAUGAAGCUUGUGGCUGAGCCAGAAGGUCUCGUUGAGAUGCUAGGUCAGCCUCCACAAGAGGCUUUGACUCCGCCCAAAGAGGAGAAAGCCCAGGCCGCUGCCACGACAGAAGAGACGGACCCACGACCGGUCCUUCACAGCGUUUUGCCUCGCAGAGCAUCCCUUGUUGAUGAUGCCAUGUCGGGAAAACGCGUCGAGACAGCAGCAUCGUCUGAGACUGCAGUGGAGCCACAGCCCAAGACGGAGGAAAUGGACAUUGAUGAAGCAGGGCCUACCGUCUUGGCGCCACCAAAAGUCUUGGAACCGUCUUCGGAACCAGAUGCUACAUUGAAGGAUGCUGUUCAAGAAAUCGUAGAAACGACGGAAGCCAGCUCCGAACCACCCCAGAAGCAGCCCGGGCAGCCCAAGGCGGUUCCUCUUCCCAACGUGCCCAUCGAAACGAUCGAACGAGAGAAGGGCGUGCCAAGCACGCCUUCUCAAGUAGAUGAUGAGGACGAUGACAAUUCCACCGAGUCGGACGAGCUGGAUCCGAUGGAUCUCGACGCUCAACGCCGCCUCGAGACCCCACCCAUUGAAAGUCUUCCCAACUUCGAAUGUCUGGCUUGGAACCGAGACAAGGACUUCCUCCAGUCUUUGCAGUCCGAUUCAACAGUCGACGCCUUCAUUGCCGAGGAGCUUGACAAGGUAUCGCUACUGAAGCUAUCAGAACAAGAUGCUGCACGGAAAGCGUAUGGUGAAAGGUAUAUGGACUACCUCAACUACACGUUGUCUGACGACCUGGUUGCCACGAAGAGCAGAGAAAAAUUCGUCAGCAAUAUCCCGCCGCCAGAGACGACCAGCAACGUCCCUAUCGUGCCAGAACCAACGAAGCCUGAAGGUCGGGCAUCCGGAAGGCGUUUCGCUACGGAGCUCGACGUUGAAAGGGCAAUCCAGGAAUCAGUCAAGGCAGAGGAAGAGCGCAAGGAACGCGAGGCCAUUGCCCAAAAACAACGUUUCCGUAACGAGAAGGAGGCGAUACCUCCUGAUAUGUACUGGACGGACGAGGACCGGAACAAUGAGGACUUUGUGGACAGCUCUGGCCUCAUGACGAUUGACCAGCUCGUGCCGACUUGGAACAUUCUUCCCCCCAUCAACAACUUCACCGCAGAGGAGAACGAGCAAUUCGAACGGGGCUACCUCGAUAAGCCUAAGCAGUGGGGCGUUAUUGCGGAUGGCGUCGAGGGGCGUGACUUCAAGACCUGUAUCCUGUACUACUACUUGAUGAAGAAGCACCUGAACCUGAAGGAGAGAUACAAGAAGCAACCGAAGAAGAGGAAGAAGGCUGGAGGCAGAGCCAAGACUCGUUCGAGCGCCCUUGUCUCAGAAUUCGGCAACAAAGAUGCUGAGACCGAAGACAAUCAAGAAGGCGGCGAGAACGGUGAGCGUGCAAGACGACCCAGGCGUGCAGCUGCCCCGACCUUCGACUUUGAGCGACCGCCGACCGACUCUGAUAACGCAACACCUGCCGGCACCCCUGGGCGUCGGUCAGGGAAGAAUAGUGAUGGGACGGAGAAGGUCGAUGGCAGGAAAAAUAGGCGUCGUGCCAAAGACAAGGAACCCAAGGCACCCAAGGCGGCCCAGGCCCUCGCCGCAGCUCCUGCUGCUGCUGCUGCUGCUACUGCUGCUGCUGGACCAAACCGAGGAAGAUCGCGGUCGGACUCGCGCGCACAGAAUCCCGAAAUCCAGCAGCCUGUCCCGAACCCUCCAGAGUCCCGACUGCCCGCCCAGCUCGAAGCCCCAUCGACUGGGAUGCAGGCACCAUUCAUGCCCGUACCUUUGCAACCGCAGCAGCCACCCGUUCCCCAUGAAAGGCCUGCCCCGACUGUUCCAUCCACUAUAUCCGAGGUCAUGGCACCGCCAUCCCUUCGACCUGAGCCUCCCCCACCUCCUCAGCCAACGAUGCCGACUUUUGAUCUUGGGCAGCCCCAGCCUCAGCAGCCACCCCAGUCCCAAUCCCUCCCAACGUCCCAGCCACAGCCAGCAACCGAGCGUCGUACCCACGUGCAACCUUCGAGCUACUGGAGUGUGUCCGAGGGAGAGGUGUUCCCUGGCCUAUUGAAAGCCUUUGGCUCAGACUGGCACGCCAUGGCGGCACACAUGGGUUCGAAAACGGCCGUCAUGGUCAAGAACUAUUACGUCCGGCAGCGAGACUCUGGUAAAGUGGAAUGGGAGCGAUUCCUUCAAGAGGCCGACAAGAAGAAGAAUCGAGGCGAAAAGCGGCCCGAGCCUCCCCCACCUCCAACACAGACGGGGCGAAAGAAGUACGAUCCGGCAUCAGCGACCCAGAACAGGCCCCUCGCAUCAUCUGCAAACCGGGAACAGGGUCUAGAGAUUGCCCAAGGAAAGCUUGUCGAGAACCCACCUGUUCAGCCGCCUCAGUCACAGCCGUACGGCCGGUUUGCCGUGCCCAUCGCGCAGGCGCCACCUGCAGCGCCACAACCUUUUUGCACAGGGUGUCCAGCAGCCUCCGCUGCAGAUACAGCAGCACAAUGUGGCCCCAUCAGGCGUCAGCCAGUCCAUGUCGCCCAACAACCGACCGCUGAGAGCACCAAUGCAACAAGUCUUUGGAUACCCAGACCGAGAGCAGGAGCUCCUGCAAGCCCAGGGCCCAAGUCAGCUACAGCAACCGCUUCGUGGCCCACAGAAGCCCACAGCUGGGCCACCUGCACCUGA